UGUGCCGGUUCAAAAGUUGCUUACAAAAAAAGGAAUAACGGUAUUGUCUUUGCUAUUAACUCGUUGUUUCCGAAUAAGUCCGAAAAAAGUAACUAGUUCGCAUUUGACUACUGCAAACACUAGACGUCUGAAACGGCGAAAGAAUUCUGAAAUUUCCUUGCAUGAUCACAUCGUUAUUGCAUCAAAGUUUAUCCAGAUUCUACCAACAACAUUGUGUUGCUAUUUAAUAUCCGGUUUAAGAGAAGGCUAAAAUGGUGCCAAGUUUCAAUCGAAUACUUUUAUUUUUGGUUUCUCGUUUGUUGUUCAUUUUUUUCUUACGAAAAUGGAAACGGUACACUUCUGCAUUUUUUAUGGCUUGCGUAAUCUUUAUCGUGUACAUCCAUUCAGAAAGAACCAGUCUAGUCAACUUUGACAUUGAAGAUGAUCUCAUCUACCAGCAGAUCUUCAAAGAAAAACGAGUGAGUGCGUUGGCUUCGUUGAAGGCCGGGAUCACUGUCCACGUCAGUAUGUUACUCCUGUUCAUCAGCAAUGACCCUCAUGCCUCAGCCAAGUAUGUAUUCAUACUGUUUGGAAUUCAAAGCGAUUUUUUUAUUUUCAUGACUUUGUAUAUCACCAGUGCUAAGGACACGAUCAUGUGGAUUUUAGUGCACAGCACCGCACCCAUCCAUUUCCACAUUUUAAGCGACAGCAACAGCGUCGCUGUGAUCGACACUAUCAUGACGCGGGUUGAACGCCGAGCCGACUGUCGCUUUGUUUACACCACUGAGUUAAUUGACCACAUCUACGAUCAGCUGCUGGAUCAUUUAAAAACGAAUGUACCGAAUCUCAAGAUCGACGCAGUAAAAGACCACGUGGCAACUCAGAUGUUGCCGCUUGUUUUGCCAUGGCACUACUACAACCAGGAUCGCAUGAUAUUCGUCAGCAACAACAUCAAAUUCAGGGCCGAUAUCGUCGAAUUGUACGAGCAUUUCGACCGUUUCAAGCCACAACAAGGGAUUGGAUUGACGUUGUUACAAGACGCUAAAUUCGCAGCGGCUUUUUCAGUCUAUCGUUACUUGCAACCACAUUCUAAUUUGGGUCUCUCACCUCCUCACGGCUGGCCGGGAUUCAACACUGAGUUAAUGCUUCUCAAUUUGAAAGAGAUGCGUCAAUCGCAUCUUUUUAAACGCUAUCUAGAUUUGGAAAACCAGUUUCCUAUACUGACGAAAUACGAUUUUAAAAGCCGCAACGUAUUACCCCAAAUGGACGAAUGGUUAACAUUGGUCGGUGUCGAAAAACCUGAAUUUUUCUUCACCCUGCCUUGCCAAUGGAACGUUCAACAGAUUAUGGAUUCUGACGCUUUCGAAUAUUGCCGUAGCGACAUCAAAGCCAUGGCGUUUAACAGUUGAGAAACGAAAACGAUUUUUUUCCUCACCGAAACGCAAAUAAAUCAAGAGAAAUUGACUUACCUAAAGCAGGCACGAAUCUGACUUGAAUUAUUCACGUAUCCUUUGUAUUUGCACGAGAGGUUCAGAUCGCGGAGGUCGUAGAGUCGGAUUCGGCUAUCGUUAGAUGUCACUAGAAUCUGCAUGAAGGCACAAACGAAAAUGUCACAAUAAGAGACCACCAACCAACAAGAAAGCUAAAAUUUACCUUAUCUUCGUUCGGGAGAGAUUCAAUGCCAGUAAUCUUACGCCCUUUGGAAUUGCGUCCGCGGGUCGACCUGACGUGGAUUUGCGUGUAAUAUUUCAGAUGUUCUGUGGUAUAGAAAACACAGCGACCAUCGUAUGAACCAACAACGGCAAAUUUUCCGUUCUGUUAAACACGGUUGUUACAAUAAAUAAAAGUCAGUCAAUCACG